AAUAAUCAACAAAUUGUUCAUUAAAUUACUUACGAUUAAUAAUUGCUCAGAAUUUGCGAAUCCGAGAGAAUCCCAAAGUUUGAGUACAUUAUCGGCUUCAGUGUAUCUGAAAGAAGAAAAAGUGACAAUUGGUUAGGAAUUGAUGUUUUGAAUGCCUUUUACGGACGAUAUUAUUAUAAUCAACAAUUGAUUGCAAAGAAAGAAAAAUAUUCUUGUAUUUAAAGAUUUGAAUAUCGAUUGCCAAAAGACUGGAUCGUUGGAAAGAUCUGAUACCCAACGCAAAAGUGGCCACAACUCAACUCAAUUAUGAGCCUUCGUGGCGGCUCCUAAACCCCACAUUUAAACCCAAUAUCGGGGAGAAAUCGAUGGUUGUUCUCAACGAAUGUGUGGAACUGCAGGAACCGUCUAAUUUGGUGACACGUGAUGAUUCACAAGUGUCUAUGCAUUUACAGCAACAUCACUUCGGAGGGGCGGGUAGUGUGCCCUCACCCACCACUACACUCAACCAUCAUAUGGUGGGAAGUUUGGGCAGAAAAAUCAAUAAUAACGGCUCGACUGUCGGCCGAUCGCAUCGAUUGUCUUCAUUCAGGCCAUUACACGGACAACACGCAGACCUCAUACGCGAGUGCAUCGAAGAGCGUAUGACUGCUGGCCCCACAUAUGAGACCAUCGAUCCGCACCAUUUAAGUCAUUUCGGGUAUUCAACCGAUUACUGCACCGUUAGUGGCAGUGGUUGUAGUAGUGGUAGUAGUAUUGGCCGAAACAAUGCCGGCUGUAUUGAGACAAUACUACCGGACGCCCGAUGUUAUGCAACGGCGGGCAGAGGCCAUACGGGUCGGGCCACUGACUAUCAACCCGUUAAUCCUCAUCACAACCCAAUCUAUUGCUCGAAUACCAAACAAUUGGAUAAAAGCGAUGGUUUCGGCGUUUUGAGCGCAAUCUUCGCAAUCAUUUCACUCAUGAGUUACGUGAUAGACAUCGGCACUGAUCUCUCCGUUUGCUAUUUCUUAUACGGAAUAAACGAUAGGUUCUCUUUGGGGCUUACAUUUGCCAUAACAAUCAUACCAUCCAUUACUGUCAACAUAUUUAGUAUCAAAUGGUAA